AAGGCGUGUGUGAGUGAGUGAGGGGCCUGAGGUGUCGCAUGCUCACACACACACACACACACACUCACACAGAGUCAUACACACAGCUCAUCUUUCAGACCAUCCCCUGCUCAUCAGCUCCAAGCGCGCGCGAGAGGCCGAGUCUGAAGCCAGCUGCAGGAGGCAGUGCCAGGACCUCAGCUGCCAGGGAGAGACGGAGCCUGUGGCUGGUGAGUCCGCCGAGCAGGGCCAGGCCGGGCCCUGCCCACAAGGACGCCCAAGCCCUUCACCGGCCCCUGCGCCUGGGAGCCCACCAGGCUCUCCCACUGGCUCCACCAUGACUUCGGAGCCCACGCCACCCCCGGUCGUGCCCCCGCUCCACUCCCCCAAGUCCCCUGUCUGGCCCACCUUCCCAUUCCACCGGGAGGGCAGCAGGGUCUGGGAGCGAGGCUGUGUCUCAUCUCGGGACCUGCCCAGUCCCCUGCCCACCAAACGGACCAGGACGUAUUCAGCGACAGCCCGUGCCUCGGCUGGCCCCGUGUUCAAGGGUGUCUGUAAGCAGUUCUCACGCUCACAGGGCCACGGCUUCAUCACCCCGGAGAACGGGUCAGAGGACAUCUUCGUGCAUGUGUCUGACAUCGAGGGGGAGUACGUGCCAGUGGAAGGCGACGAGGUGACCUACAAGAUGUGCCCUAUCCCGCCCAAGAACCAGAAGUUCCAAGCCGUGGAGGUGGUGCUCACCCAGCUGGCUCCACACACUCCCCACGAGACGUGGUCCGGCCAGGUCGUGGGCUCCUAGGCUGCUGGCCCCUGUGCCAGCCGCCAGGCGUGGGGGGAGCCACACAGGGUAGAUGGGCAGCAGCCAGCUCCACGCCCCACGGCACUGGCUGAGCCAGUCCCCCGGGCGGCCUCGGCGUGCACGUGUGUCUGUCUGUGCUUGUGGGCGUGAGUGUGUGCCUCCACCUACCCCGUGACUGUCGUGUGAGCUGGAGCGAGGGCAAGGCCACCAGACCUGCCUUCCCUGCUUUCCACUCUCUCUCCUUCCUCCCCUCCCUGCCACACACGCACAGGACCCUCUUGCCCUCCUAACACCCAUGUGCGUGUCCACUGAGCCUCUGAGGGCCUGCGUCAGGCCUGGGCUGGGAGUCGGGGCAGCAGUGGGCCCUGCCCCCCCGCCCCGUACAAGCUUGCUCCCCUUGCCUCUGCUCCAGGCCUGGCCCCGGGGGCCAGACUCUGCUUGUGCUACUCACACACAGCCCCCUCCCCCCGGGCUGGGGUCUCCCACUGUGACCUGGACCCCUCCUCUCAGAAGCCAGGCCACUGAGUGCUUUGGGGGAGCCUCCCGGCCUCUUGCCGGGGAAGAGGGUGAA